AUCCAAACCACAAAGACCGAAAGUCCUUCGUCAUUUACACGCUUUUACUUUUUGUUUUUGUUUUUGUUUUUGUUUUUUUUUUUCCUCUGGCCCCUAAACCCCACACGCUUAUAUAGCGAGACCGACAGAAAGCAAACUCCUUUAAUUUUUUUGUUGCAUCUUUUGCAAAAUCCUGAAAACCCAUCAUUUAUUUCAACCCAAGUACUUAUUGAAGAAGAAAAAAAAACUUCUUUUUUUGGUUUUUUGUUUAUUGUUUUUUUUAACUUAAAUUCAAUGGAACAUGAUGGUUGGAGCUUUGCUGGCCUCUCUGCCGCUUCCUUAAGAAGUACUUAUCAUCAUCAUCAGUCCACGCUCAAGUCUCACUCCGAUUUCUAUAUCGAGUUCGAGGAUUUUGAUGGAGAUGAUGAAGAUUUAAGGUUGGACUUUCCGUGCCCGUUUUGUUCGGAGGAUUUUGAUUUGGUUGGGCUUUGUUGCCAUUUAGAUGAGGAGCAUCCUUCGGAGGCAAAAUCUGGGAUAUGUCCUGUUUGCGCUACGAGGGUGGGGAUGAACAUGGUUGGUCACAUUACGACACAGCAUGUGAACUUCUUUAAGGGUCAGCACAACUUGAAACCUCAUAAAGGGGAGUGCUUAGCCCUUUCUUUCUCAAGGAAGGAGUUGCAGGAUGAACAUUUUCGAUCUAUUUUUGGCGGUUCACCGUCGCCAGUUUCCACCUCCAAGAUGGCACUUGAUCCACUGCUGUCUUUUCUUCAUAAAGCACCCACUUCUGAGAAGUCGGAUGAUCUGCAGUCUAUUUCUUCUGCUGAAGUAGUCUUAGAAGAGAAAACCUCGGAAGAAGCAUCGUUGGAAGGAAAUAGUCGCCCACCUCCUUUAUCAGACAAGGACCAAGAGGAGAAAGCAGAAAGAUGCAAGUUUGUACAGGGUCUACUAUGGUCAACCUUCCUGGAUGAUGGCUUAUGAAUGGCCCACUUCGUAUUUUUACAAGAGAAGUCAAGUGCCGCUGUUUAUGUAGUGUUUGCGUUUACUGAUAUAUUAACAGCAAUAGGUUAGAUAUAGGAAUUCAAUGUAAUGCUUAUUGUAUAAUUCAGCUCAAGUAUGUAAGCCCCUAAAGAGGCAGACUCUCAUUUUCCCAGCUUUCUAUAAAGCUUCUGCUAAUGCAAAUCUUAUCCUUUACUCUCUU